AUGUCAUCAGAUAAACUUUGCUUUAACACCGUUGUAGCUUUGUCUUCAGCUGCCUCAGGAGCGACAUUUGUUCACUGGGGACGGGCGACGUGUCCAAACACGACGUCGCUCAUCUACUCAGGAUAUACAGGUGGAAAUUACUACAGUGCAAAGUCUGGUGCAGCAACUAUCCUAUGUUUGCCCAAACAGCCUCAGUACGUAGCCUACUCUCUUUCAAACCAAAACCAGGCAACCAUCCACGGCGCCGAAUAUAAUGAUGCCAACACAUUUCCUGAUUUCAAGAAAGUUCAACACCAGAACGUCCCCUGUGCCGUGUGUCAAAUGAAGUCUGAGGCUCAAGUCCUGAUGAUUCCGGCGAGGAACGAGUGCUACCCCGGGUGGAAGAUGACGUACUGGGGCUACCUGAUGGGGGGUGCUUACGACAGGGCCUCCAGUGAGUACAUCUGCGUGGACAAGGACCCUGGUACCACCGAGGGCGGCCACCGACAGACGUAUGGGCAACUGCUGUACAUUGUGGAGAGUAGAUGUGACUCUCUCCCUUGCCCUCCGUACAAGCACUACGGGGAGUUGACCUGUGUCGUAUGUGCAAAAUAAAUACGCAGACCAUGCUCUCAUGUCUCCA